AAUGUGGUAUUUCUGGUGAGGAUAUCUGGCAACCCUGAGAGUAACCGACCAAGCAUUUUGUAGGUGCGCGCGCGCCUCUAAAAACAACUUCUAUUCAUGAAUUCCGAGGUGACCGUGUUGUACUUCGCAAAAAGUGCCGAAUUAACGGGAGUGAAAUCGGAGGUCAUCAGAUUGAACUCGGAGCUCACGAGCCUUCAGCUGUGGCAGGAACUGGAGAAAAAACACCCAAAGCUCUCGGCUGUACGCGGGCAGGUGGUUUUGGCCGUUAGGAGAGAAUACGUGUGUGUGGGAGAGCAGGUUGUGCGUCUGCAGCACGGAGACGAGGUGGCUGUGAUCCCACCGCUCAGCGGAGGCUAAAACACACACCACAG